AUGGACUCGGAAGGCAUCCACGCCCGCCACGUCCCCAGGGCGUCCGACCCUGAGAAGGGCGGCUCCGUCCACGGCAAGGACCCCUACGAAAAUGUCGACAUCCGCGGUAUCGAGACGUCGCCCGAGACGUCGCUGCACCGCGGCCUAAAGGCGCGCCACAUUACUAUGAUUGCCAUUGGCGGCGCUCUCGGCACAGGUCUCAUUAUCGGUACCGGCAAGGCCCUCGCCCAGGCCGGCCCCGGCUCGCUCUUCAUCUCUUAUACCUUUGUUGGCAUGCUCGUCUUCAUGAUUAUGGCUGGUCUCGGUGAGAUGGCCGCCUGGCUGCCCAUGUCUUCUGGCUUCACCGGUUACGCCACGCGCUACUGCCACCCAUCUCUUGGCUUUGCUCUUGGUUGGACAUACUGGCUCAAGUACAUCAUCGUCACGCCCAACCAGCUUACCGCCGCCUCGCUCGUCCUCCAGUUCUGGGUCCCGCGCGAGAAGGUGAACCCCGGCGUAUGGGUAGCUAUCCUACUCGUCAUCAUCUUCUGCAUCAACUACAUCGGCGGCAUCAAGUUUUUCGGCGAGUUCGAAUUCUGGCUCUCGUCGUUCAAGGUGAUUGUCGUCAUUGGCAUCAUCCUCUUCUCCCUCAUCAUUGCUUGCGGCGGCGGCCCUAGCCACGAUGCCCCCGGCUUCCGCUACUGGAGCGACCCCGGCGCUUUUGCGCCGCUCUACGGCACGGGAUCGACGGCCAAGUUCGUCGGCUUCUGGUCCGUCAUGGUCAACGCCACCUUCGCCUAUCUCGGUACCGAACUGGUCGGUGUCACGGCCGCCGAGGCGCAGAACCCGCGCCGCAGCAUCCCCAAGGCCAUCAAGCUCACCUUCUUCCGUAUCCUCUUCUUCUACUGCCUCAGCGUCCUGCUCGUCGGCAUGAUCGUCCCCUACAACUCCAAGGAACUCGCUUUUGCCAACAAGAAGGACACCUCGGCCAACGCCAGUCCCUUUGUCGUCGCUGCGGUUCUCGCCGGUAUCCAGGUGCUGCCACACAUCAUCAACGCCUGUAUCCUCAUCUUCGUCUUCUCCGCCGCCAACUCGGAUCUCUACAUUGCCAGCCGUACGCUCUAUGGCCUUGCUAGUGACCGCUCCGCUCCCGCCAUCUUCCGCCGCACCGACCGUCGCGGCGUGCCGUACCCUGCGCUCUUCGUGUGCACGGCCUUCGCCUGCCUGGCCUUCAUGGUUGUGUCGGACGACUCCAAGAAGAUCUUCUCGUACUUUGUCAACCUGACGACCAUCUUCGGUAUCCUGUCGUGGAUCUCCCUGCUCGUCACAUACAUCCACUUCCUCAAGGCCCGCCGCGCGCAGAACAUCCCCAACAGCGCCAUGCCGUACGUCGCCCCGCAGGGCCUCAUCGGCACCUACAUCGCGCUCUUCUUCUGCUGCCUCAUCGCCUUGACCAAGAACUUCAAUGUCUUCGUGCACCACGACGGCAUCACCUUUGACUACAAGGAGUUCAUCACGGGCUACCUGGGCAUCCCCAUCUACCUGAUUCUCAUCUUCGGCCACAUGAUUGCGACCAAGAGCCGCGCGGUCAAGCCCGAGGAGGCCGACUUCUACACGGGCAAGGAAAUUAUCGACAACGAGGAGGCUCUCUUCUUGGAGCACAAGGCGGAGAAGGACGCGAACGCGACGGGCUGGGCCAAGUUCUACAACCGGUUCAUUUCCUGGCUGUUUUAG